AUGUUGUGUAAGCAUUUAGUGACAUCGAUGCUGGCCACAACGGACCCGUAUAAUGACACGGAACUUGUUGAGAUCUCAUGGAAAGAUUUCGAAUUCGAUUGGACCACUGGUCAGUUGUGUAUGCAAACAGACGUGGACACGUUCGUGAGAACGGCUUCGAAAUACGACGACAGUCGCGUGCUGCAUCUGCCCGGUUUCAAGUUCAGCGUUCUCAUGAACUGGGCUUGCAUCGGUGACCCGUACGAUCAUCACAGUGCACAACCGUGUGCUCCUGAUAAACUGCCCGAUUACGCUUCGACGAAUCAUGAACACGACUCUUAUCGAGCGUUUCGUUCAACGCAUUUGGAUUUGAUUCUGAAUAUUGAGGUGAAACCGCAGAGUGAGUUGGCAUCGGACAGCCAGUAUCCGCAAAUACUUCUCUAUGCGAAUACUUUCAGAUGGCUCGAGUUUUUGAAGGUUUCUGACGAUUCAUUGUUUCACGUUGACUUUUCCUCGUGGGUUUGA